AUGCAACAUAUCACGGUUCAUGAGGCAAUGGCAGAGCUGCGAACAUUGGAGUCUCUGGGAGGCGACUUGGGUACAAUUAACGUUGAACGAGUAGCUGUACUCUUGUCAGAGACUGUCAAACUGAGAACAACUGCUCAAGUGGAAAUGCUCUCGAACUACCUGUGUGUAGAGGAACUACUCAUGGUAGAAGCCGAGUUUCGCUUCAAGUCUACUAUGAAGGAUAUGACGACCAAAGUGGAUUUGAUCAAGAAGGUGUUCAACGACACAAGCUGCGCACAGUUCCUUGACAUCGACAACAAUCUCUUGGCGCGCCUGGCAAAGAGCUGCCUCAAUUUUGCAUGCGUGCCUUUCUGCAAGUCGGACAGGAAAAGAAAGCUUGGAAUAAGUUUUCAUAAAUUUCCUGCGAACGAUGACCGUCGCCAAGCGUGGCUGAAGGCGAUAUCAAGAAAAGAUUUUGUCCCAAAUGACAAAUCAUCGAGCAGUGUCGUCUGCAGCCUUCAUUUUGCGGAUUCGGACUACACUCUGGGGUCCACCAAGCUUCGCCGCCUCAAAAGGGAUGCUGUUCCGAGCAUAUUUUCAGGGUACCCAACCUACAUGCACCCACAAAAGCCACAAAAAAGGCGUAAAUUGGAGCGAGUGGUACAGGACUUCCCUUCACACAAAAAAAAAGGCAUCAAUGCAACCAGCACAAGGCAGUCAAAUUCUGAUUGCUAUUUGCCAUCAGUCCCUGAAGUAAACACAGAGGCAAGUUUUCAAGGUGCAGGCCACGAUGGAGGCCAUCUGCCACAGACUUCUAUAAGCCAUGUGUCACUAUUAGGCCCCAAGGAGGAUCAGGUGGCUACAGGUACGAAAACAAGUGCACAAGAUGCAGUAGGUGACCUACAGCGGCCUACUAACUCAGUUGACUGUGCAGCACAAACUUGUGAUGACCUCCUUCCACGCAAGCAGUCAGAUGCAAGGGCAAUCAACAGAAUGAGGGCGCAGUUGUUUAGAAAAGCAGAUACUGCAAGGAAACUGCAGCGAGAAAACAGCCGCCUAAAAAAGAGCUCAGUGGCGUACCGUUACAUACGCUACCGAGGCCUGCUUAAACUGCCUUCGAAAAACACCCUCCUUCGGUAUGUCGGAAAGUCGGACGGUGAAAGUGGGAUUACCCCACUAAUGAAGGAAGGUUUAAAGGAAGAGGUGAAUGAAUGA